UUGUCCUGCAGUCAUGCCAUUCGUCUCAAACAACCCACACUGGCUGGGGCAGAUCGGGGAAGCCCAGAUAUACGGCUAUUUUAUCGUCGCCUCAUCUGUGGUGGUGAUGUAUGACUACGUGCUUGGAGUCGGGGAAGAAUUCGAGUUGAUCUGGGGAAAACGCUGGUCGUUCAUGACCUUUCUGUAUGCCCUCGUUCGUUAUACAGGUAUACUGUAUGCUGUCGCGAAUAUACUUUUCAACACACCAACAAUAUAUAUGCCUGACUCGGUAUGUGCCGUCAUGGAACUUAUCAUGUACUGGUCUUCGAUGGUGGUUAACGCAGCGUUAGGUGCGAUCGUAAUUGUCCGAAUAUAUGCCAUGUACCAACGGUCGAGGGUAGUCCUCACUGGAUUAAUCAUCAUUUUUAUCCCGUUUACCCUCAGCGAGGCAAUAAUGGGCGGCCUGGGUGCUAAACCGAUAAGACUGUCAAUAUCGGAAGAAUUUGUCCUAUUCGGCACGUACGAAUGCAUCUCCUUGACCCGAUCUCGCCUCGUGGAUGAAACAUGGAUUCUUGGAACGACGUGGGAGCUCUUGACGUUCCUGCUGGCAAUGUGGAUCUUCGUGAAGCAUCUUCUCGAACUGCGCAAGACAACCCCGGAUUGGGGCAUAGAGGACUGCUUUUCGGUCUUGAUGAAAAAUCACGCGCUUUACUUUUUCGCUUUUCUGCUCACAUGUAGCAUGAACCUCAGCAACCUAUACCCAGGGAUUGAAAACAAUCCGACUGGGUACAUCAUCCACGAGGGAUUCUUGCAACUUUUCACUACCAUUCAGCAGUUCAUUCUUGGACCCCGACUUGUGAUCAGCAUGCGACGGUAUCAUGCCCAGCUUGUUUCAGAUUCUGACAUGGCUACGCAGAUGUCAACGAUAGCAUUUGGUGAAGGGAGAUGUGCCUCUGUGGGCGGUGCUGACAGUGCUGUAUAGACUUAGAUGCGAACUUGGUGCGGAAAUGAAACUUUGAAGUGUGACAAACCACAAACUCAGCGGGACUCCGAGUCAGCGCUCGUACUGCUAGUCUCCCCAAGUCAGGCCUUGAAAGAAGGAAGACAGUUGUUCCUUGUUCCGCUCGUACUACCACCAAGACUAUUAAUAUUUAGCACCUGAAUCUCCAUAUACAUUAUUUGUGUAAAUAUGAUACGGUUUACUGCGCGUGAUGAAUAGGUUUACAAAUCAAGUCCGC